UUCAGCAGCGUUCUCAGUGCGAUGGGAGUCCUGUGAGGAUGGACACACGGCAAAUCCUGCGACUCUUGAUCGUUUUAUCAGGAUUGAACGGAGCGUGUGAUGCUCUGUUCUGUAACUGCACCGCACCACAGUGUGAGAAGGAUGGGUAUAAGUGCGAGACCAACGGGGCGUGUGUGGCCUCCACCUCAGUCAUUAAAGGACAGGAGCAGCAUGUGCGGCUCUGCAUCCAGAAAGAGGACCUGGUUCCUCCGGGUCAGCCGUUCUACUGCCUCAGCGCCGAGGGGCUGAUGAACACACACUGUUGCUACUCUGAUUACUGCAACAGCAUCGACCUCAGACUACCAACCGUGACAAACGGCCCGGGUUCAGGGCAGGACUGGGGGCCGGUGGAGCUCACUGCAGUAGUGGUGGGUCCGGUCUUUGUGCUGUGUGUGCUGGUUCUGCUGGGUCUCGUCCUCUUCCAGCACCACCAGCGGGCCUACGGUCACCGGCAGAGACUGGAGGUAGAGGAUCCCAGCACUGAACACAUGUUCCUGGCUAAGGACAAGACCUUACAGGACCUCAUCUACGACCUCUCCACCUCGGGAUCAGGGUCAGGUCUGCCGCUGUUCGUCCAGAGGACAGUGGCUCGUACCAUAGUGCUGCAGGAGAUCAUUGGUAAAGGCCGCUUUGGGGAGGUGUGGAGGGGGAAGUGGAGAGGAGGAGACGUCGCCGUGAAGAUCUUCUCCUCUCGUGAGGAGCGCUCCUGGUUUCGUGAAGCUGAAAUCUACCAGACCAUCAUGCUCCGCCACGAGAACAUCCUGGGCUUCAUUGCUGCUGACAACAAAGAUAAUGGCACAUGGACUCAGUUGUGGUUGGUGUCAGACUAUCAUGAGAAUGGAUCCUUGUUCGACUAUCUGAACCGAUAUUCAGUCACCAUCGAGGGCAUGAUCAAACUGGCGCUUUCGGCUGCCAGCGGCCUGGCGCAUCUGCACAUGGAGAUACUGGGCACUCAGGGGAAGCCUGGCAUCGCUCACCGUGACCUGAAGUCCAAGAACAUCCUGGUGAAGAAAAACUGCACGUGUGCAAUCGCUGAUCUCGGCCUGGCGGUUCGUCACGAGUCUGUCUCCGACACCAUCGAUAUCGCCCCCAACCAGCGUGUCGGCACUAAGAGGUACAUGGCACCUGAGGUUCUGGAAGAGACUAUUAACAUGCGUCACUUCGACUCAUUUAAAUGCGCUGACAUCUACGCUCUGGGACUCGUGUACUGGGAAAUCGCUCGCCGCUGCAAUGCUGGAGGUAUUCAUGAAGAGUACCAGCUGCCCUACUAUGACCUGGUGCCCUCUGACCCAUCCAUAGAGGAGAUGAGGAAAGUGGUGUGUGAUCAGAGGUUACGACCCAACAUCCCCAACUGGUGGCAGAGCUAUGAGGCGUUGCGUGUGAUGGGGAAGAUCAUGCGGGAGUGCUGGUACGCUAACGGCGCUGCGCGACUGACGGCUCUCCGCAUCAAGAAAACCCUGUCUCAGCUCAGCGUGGACGAAGACAUGAAAAUCUGAGCGAAACACUACCUUCUGCCAGAAACACUCCAAGCAAAAAGAACGUGUACAGACAUGCGACAUCUCGAAACUAUCCUGCCAGUUCAAAAGUAUUUCCGUCCACUGAAUCGGGACGGGGCCUACCUCACCCCACCGCCAAAACUACUGAACCUACGGUACCCAACAGCCCUCUGUGCACUCCUCCUCCUCUCUACAUCUACUACCGCCCAGCUCGCCAAUCAAAAUGCACGUGACUUUAUUGAUUCUGUUCAAAUCAGUUUCGCCCCAAAGAUCAUUUUUCCAACCAGGGCCGCUCAUAUGUAACCAGUUUUGACUGGCUUGGUGCAUUCAUUUAGAUCAGUCUAGCAGACUACCUCGGUUAACUAAGUAGGUGGAAUACACAAACUCCAGUUCAGAGGCGAUAACAGGCGGGUUAAGCUGGAAAACUCGCGCGGUGAUUUGGUGCAAGAUGGCACUGCUAGCGACCGACACGAUCAGCUGAUUCCUUUCAUUACCACGUCAAAGCUGUUAGCAAAACAACCUUAUUUGCACUUUAUCCCAGAGGUUUUGUGAGCGUGACGUGGAUUAUAGCCAUCUUGGUUUUGGAAUCGCUCACUGGCACACGCGUCUAUUCUUACUACUGAACGGUACGGAGAUAUCUAUUUAUUUUAGCUUGUAGAUCCUUCAUAUUGUCCUUAUUUUUUUAUCACCAUUAGAUUUCCUCCUCUCCUCCAUGGGCAAACAAAGCUACUGUACAUAGUAUAUUUUUUUAAAGUAUGGAAAUGUAAAUAGCUUACCCUUUUUUUUUUUUUUUAUUUCCAAGCCCUUCAACUAAGCUAAAGGUUUAAUCGUGUUUUGACAUCCAGGAACAUCAGAGAUUUGAAGCUGUACGGGUUAGCGGUCCGUAAAUAGCGGUGGCGAAAUUACAGGCUUUUGUUAAAGUUUGUUUUUAUAGUUACCUGUUUGUUGCUUUUGACUGUAGCAUUAAAUGACACUAAAAGGAUGCACAUUUUAUUAGCUGAGGAGUGUUUGGGAUUGUUUUGUAUGGACUUUAAGCUCUUGUUUUUAAGGAAUAAUUCAUGCAAACAUAAGAAUACUCAUCAUUUAUUUUUAAUGUAAAACACAGAAGGAGAUAUUGAGAAGAAUGUGCAAGCUGCACUCAAAAAUUUUUGAAAACUCCCCAUAAAGGAUCAGUAUGACUUUAUGCUAUGUUCAGAGUCAUCUGAAUUCAUAUGAACUACAUCUAUGAUACUUUUUAGUCUUUUUUUUGUUUUGUUUUGGAGCUUGAUGCA